AAAAUCAAGCAAAAAAAGGAAACCCAAUUAAAAGCUCCUCUCACUCUCUGCAACAAACAUAGAAAUCCAAAAAGAAAUCCUAAAAUAGAACAGCUGAACAAAACAGCUUCCUCUUUUGGGUAGGGGAAUUUGUAUAUUUGGAUUCUAUGAGCAAAGAAAGGCCACCAGAGCCUCUUGAUUUCUUCAUUUGGACUGUUGAGGAUGUUGGCUUAUGGUUGGAAGAAAUAAAUCUCGGUGGCUAUCGUCAGAUUUUCAAAGAGAAUGGUGUUAAUGGAGAGUACUUGGAGGGUAUGUCCAUGUUCACGACUGAACAGAUACUACGGUUUAUAAGAAGGUGUCACAUGAAAUGGGGAGACUUCAUAACACUGUGCAAGGAGCUCAGGAGGAUAAAAGUGGCUUGCUUGAAAGGAGAGCAAAGAGUCCGUCGACCUUGGUGGGCCCCAUCAUGUCUCUCUAUAAUCUUCACGAAGGCUGCCAAGCGUAAUAGGCAGUCUAGAGUGGUUUCGCUGAAGCUGGAACCUUGAUAUACUGAUAUGUACUUGUGUAUGUAUAAUUUCUGUUUUAAGAGGACAGGGGAUAGGAAAACCACUUGUCUCCGUAUAUUUCCCACUCUUCCUUUUCGUUCUUUUCGCCUUUUUUUCUUGUUGGUUCUUCUUUGGAGAACUUCCUCCUCUGUCCAAGCAUUUACUAUACAUAGUUUUGUAAUCUGCUUUUGUCCUAAAUUAUUUCUGAUGAAUAUACUAAAAUGAAGCAAAGAGAUACAGUUAUGUAAAUCUCAACGUGCACUAUUCUUAUUGAAAAAUUUGCCACUCGA